AUAGAAACGUACCAGUAUGUUCUUGUUAUGGUUUAUGCUAUUGAAGAAAUAAACAAGAAUCCUUACCUUCUGCCAAACAUCACUUUGGGAUUCCACAUUUACGAUUCCUGUUAUACAGAAGCAAGAGGUUUUGCUGGUGCUCUUAAUAUGUUAUCAGGAAACAAAGCACUUAUCCCAAACUAUCAGUGCAGCCUGAAAAAGCAUUUUGCGGGGAUGAUUGGAGACUCUUCUGUGACAUCUCCGACUAUUGCAAGGAUAUUAACUGUUUACAGGUACCCACAGGAUGAAUGCUCUUUUUAUCUUUGCUUUUAUUACAACUUAAACCUUCAAGAAUUUACUUUUGGCACCUCAUUUUUCACAGCUUUCAAUCUCGGUUCUUGUCAAUGGUUUAUAACUGCAUCCCAUAAUACUGAAGAACCAGCUGCAUCCCAUAAUACUGAAGAACCAGCUGCAUCCUAUAAUACUUUAGAACCAGCUGCAUCCUAUAAUACUGAAGAACCAGCUGCAUCCCAUAAUACUGAAGAACCAGCUGCAUCCUAUAAUACUGAAGAACCAGCUGCAUCCCAUAAUACUGAAGAACCAGCUGCAUCCCAUAAUACUGAAGAACCAGCUGCAUCCCAUAAUACUGAAAAACCAGCUGCAUCCUAUAAUACUGAAGAACCAGCUGCAUCCCAUAAUACUGAAGAACCAGCUGCAUCCCAUAAUACUGAAGAACCAGCUGCAUCCUAUAAUACUGAAGAACCAGCUGCAUCCCAUAAUACUGAAGAACCAGCUGCAUCCCAUAAUACUGAAGAACCAGCUGCAUCCUAUAAUACUGAAGAACCAGCUGCAUCCCAUAAUACUGAAGAACCAGCUGCAUCCCAUAAUACUGAAGUCCAGUCGGGUCAGUGGUCAGAGCUCCACCCUCCUAACCCUCUCCCUUUCACCCCAUUCCUGCGAAUUGCCUAUGGUUCUGUAGCGUCAACUCUGGCUGACAGACUGACUUUCCCAUCGUUUUUCCGCACUUUGCCCAGUGACACGUUUGGGGCAUUUGCUUUGGCUCACUUAACAAUUCACUUUGGUUGGAACUGGAUAGGAAUUUUAGCUUCUGAUAAGGAUUUUGGUGUAUUGGGGGCCCAGAAAGUGAAAGACGUAUUGCAUCAGAGAGGUUUCUGUGUUGCCUUCACAGAAACAAUCUAUGUAAAAAACACAGAAACAAAGAUGUUACGUAUAAUUGAGCUGAUAAGAACAACAUUAGUGAAGGUAAUCCUGAUAUAUUCUGGACAAGGACCACUGUAUAAUCUAAUGGAAGACUUUUACCUGCACAAUAUAACACAAAUCAUCUGGCUUGGACCUAUGGGGUGGUCAGUUUCUCCAGUAUUUUCAAAACAUGUUAUGCAAACACUAUUAAAUGGUACCAUAACACUUUACCCCCACAAGGGUAAGAUACCAGGAUUUAAAGAAUUUCUGUAUAGCAUCCAUCCUUCUUUGUAUCCUGAAGACAUUUUUAUAAAAAUGUUCUGGGAGCAUGUGUUUGGCUGCAGCUGGCCAGGCAGUGUGCCAGACCAAGGAACUGGUAAAGAAGUAAUAGCAUGUUGGGAUACAGAGAAAUUGUCUGAAUUUAAGAAGCCAGUAUAUGAGGAGGAAGAUUUCCGUUUCACCUACAGUGCCUAUAAUGCCUUUUAUGUGCUAGCAUAUGCUCUGCAUAAUCUGCAAUCAUGCAACCCUCCUUGGGGAGCAUUUUUAAAUGAAUCCUGCCUCACAGUUAAUAACUUUACACCAUGGCAACUGACUCAGUAUGUGAGGACAGUCCAUUUUAAAAACUCUGGGGAAGAAGAUAUAUUCUUUCAUGAAAACGGAGAACCUCCCAUUGUCUAUGACUUCUUAAACUGGCAUGAGCUUUCGGAUGAACCCAGCAAGUACGUAGAGAUAGGCAUGUUUGACUCCCGUGCCCCUAAGGGUCAGGAAUUAACCAUUGAUGAGACUGCCAUUAUGUGGGGUAAAGGAUACCAGCAGACUCCUCAGUCCGUUUGCAGUCACAGUUGCUCCCCAGGAUACAGAAAAGCUAUUCGUAGAGGACAGCCAAUCUGCUGUUAUGAUUGUGUUCUGUGUUCGGAAGGAGAGAUAUCAAAUCAAACUGAUGCCAGUUCCUGUGUCACAUGUCCCAGUGACCAAUGGUCUAAUGCAAAUCGAGAUGGCUGUGUUCAUAAAACCAUAGAAUUCCUUUCCUUUGAGGAGCCCUUAGGUAUCAUACUGACAUCUGUUUCUACUGUCUUCUCUGCACUUACUCUGUCAGUUCUCUGUGUUUUCAUUAAGUUUCGUGAUACCCCACUUGUCAAGGCUAAUAAUCGUGAUUUGAGUUAUGUUCUUCUCAUCUCCCUGGCACUCUGCUUUCUUUGUUCUCUAACAUUUUUGGGUCAUCCAAGAAAAGUCAGUUGCUUACUACGCCAGCCUGCGUUUGGCAUCAUUUUUUCUGUUUGUGUCUCAACAAUACUUGCCAAGACAGUGACAGUUGUGAUUGCCUUCAGUGCUACAAAACCAGGAAGCCAGACUAAGAAGUGGGUCGGAACCAGAAUACCCAAUGGGCUUGUCAUCUGUUGCUGUGUAGUCCAGUUGUUACUAUUUGCUGUUUGGCUGUGCACCUCUCCACCAUUUCCAAACAUUAAUAGCAGCACAGCAAAACAAAAGCUCAUCUUUGAAUGCAACGAAGGAUCGACGCUUGCCUUCUACUGUAUGUUGGGAUAUUUGGGACUCUUGGCUCUUGUGUGUUUUAUUGUGGCAUUUCUGGCACGGAAACUUCCAGAUAGCUUUAAUGAGGCUAAAUUCAUCACUUUCAGCAUGCUUGUGUUUAUCAGUGUUUGGCUGUCUUUCAUCCCAGCGUAUCUCAGUACACAAGGGAAGUAUAUGGUAGCUGUAGAAAUAUUUGCAAUUUUAUCUUCGAGUGCUGGUCUUCUGAGUUGUAUAUUUUUCCCUAAGUUUUAUAUCAUUGUGUUCAGGCCAGAAAAGAACAACAGGGAGCAUUUGAUUGGAAGGCUGAAUAUUCCGGCUGGCACAGAAAAAAAUCCAGAAGCUAUUCAGCACACAAAGUCCAAACUGUUGAAAGCACGAACACAAAGAAUAGAUACAGAAGCUGUUCAGCACACAAAAUCCAAGACUGUUGAAAGCACAAACGCUAUGUCUCCACACCUGCGUUUUCAUUUAGGACACUUCUUCAGAAGCACAUAG